AUGUACAUCCACUGGUCGCAUCACUACCUUCCAAAGAUCUUCGGAGUGCUCUCCUUCGUCUUCAACACACUUUUUAUAUGGCUCAUUGUGACCGAAAAGAAGGCUACUAUCGGAAAGUAUCGUUAUCUGCUCAUCGCAUUCGCAAUAUUUGACAUGGUCUACUCAUCCGUCGAACUUGUGGUCCCUGUCGCCAUUCAUGGAACUGGAGCGGCUUUUGUAAUCUAUCUAGCGGAAGGUCCAUUCUAUGGAGUGAGUGAGAAUCGGUCGAGAGAUUCCAUUUUAUUCUGUUUCAGUCCAAAUACGGUCAGCUGGCAGUCUCCGUCCGAUGCGGUUUCAUCGCUCUAUCCUACGGUAUCCUCGCCAUUCAUUUCAUCUACCGUUACCUGGUUCUUUUCAAGUGAGACAUGCUGAAGUUUCAGAAUUUAAUUCAAUUUCCCAUCUUCAGCACUCGCAUAAUCGAAAUGCUUCUUUGUCCUUCUGGCCUUUUCGGUCUGUUCAUCUUUUUCAUUUGCCACGGAAUUGCCUGGAGCACAGUCUGCGAGAUGUACCUUUAUGGAGAUCGAGAAGUCGCUGAUUACAUUUACGGAGGAUUCAAAUAUGUCUAUCACGUGGAUUCUCAUGAACUCUCUAUGCUCAUGGCCCUUUUCUUCGUAAGCUCCUUGAACCAAUUAGAUCAAAGUACCAUCAACCACGCAUUUAGGAUGCGAGCCCACAGAUCAAAAGACGCAGUUGGACUGGAAUCCUAAUCCUGACCGGAAUCUCCAUGUAUGCCGUUUCUCUGUACAUUAUCUUGGGGUGGAAGAUUAUGCAGAAACUGGCGGACAACCCGGGCGUCUCAAAGACCACGCAAAAGUUGCACCGUCAGCUGUUCAAAGCGCUAGCCGUGCAAACGUUCAUUCCGAUCGUCAUCAGCUUCUCGCCGUGCAUGGUCGCCUGGUACGGUCCCGUUCUCGGAAUCGACCUCGGAAUGUGGAACAACUACCUCGGAGUCAUCGCCCUUUCGGCGUUCCCCGUUCUCGACCCCCUCGCUAUCAUCGUUCUCCUCCCCAACUACCGGAAGAAAGUGUUGGGAAUGGCGCAGAAUCCGAUGAGAUUCUUCAAUUCCUUCACUUCCACAAUUCGCCCGAUCAGCGAAAGUUCUCUGGCCACUCAGAUUUACUGA